CGCUGAUAAAAACAGAAAAAGACAAUGCGGAAGUAAAAUUGGGAGCGCGUUUGUUUUGUUUGUUACCACCAUUCUUUCCUCGUGGACGAAGCCAUACUAGCUGAAUACCCAACUCUCAGUCCACUGCAACAUGUCUAAACUCCAGUCGUUUCGUGUGUUUUUAAAUGAGCGUUUAACUGCGGCUGCUGUGGAGAUUUUCGGGGCAAUUGAGCAAACCGUAGUGGACUACCAGGAGGAGAAUGAUCGGCUACGUAGACUGCUGCGGAUCACACCGAUUAUACAACGAUGUAACAUAGACUCCUUGCAGCUAUCUCUCAGUGUCUCUGAAGAUGAGGUUCUCCCUGAGCAGCAGCACUGUGAGCAGGAGUGGAGCCCCAGUCUGGGGCAGGAGAACCCAGAGCUUCCACAGAUUAAAGAGGAACAGGAGGAACUCAGGACCAGUCUGGAGGAAGAGCAGCUUCAAGGGCUGGAGGCUGAUAUCAUAGAGUUCAAAUUCACUCCUUCCUGUGUGAAAAGUGAAUGUGAUCAGGAGGACCCACUUCAGCCCUUCACUUCUCCCCAAACCCAGACUGUGGAGAUCAGAGAGAGUGACCCUAAACAAGUGGAUCUCACACCUUUUGUUACUGUGACCCACCUUAAGGGUCUCUACAUUCCCUGUGACCCUCCAGAUAAUCAAAACAAUACCUCAGGCCACAGCUCAGCCGUAAGCAGCGACCCAGCAGCACUUGACAGCAGCCCAUCAUUGGAUCCCAACUCACCAUUGGAUUCCAGUCCGUCAUUGGAUCCAAACCAGUCAAUGGUGGAACACUAUUCCAAACCCAGCACCAUGUCUAGAAAAACUCACCGCUGCCGUGACUGUGGCGAAAUGUUUGCAAUGAAAGCUGACCUGCAGAGGCAUGUGACUCUCUUUAAGAAGAGGCCCAGUGAAUGUCGCUUCUGCAAAAUAAACUACAACUCCACCUGUAAACUAAAGGCCCAUGUACGACUCUGUCACAGUGGGAAGCCCUACACCAGCCCUGUUUGUGGCAAGACCUUCAAACUCAAAGGGGAUCUGUCCAAGCACAUGAAGACUCACAUGGGAGAUAAAUCAUUUAAGUGUGGCGACUGUGGGAAAAGCUUCAAUCAGAAGUGGACCCUAAGGAAGCAUAAACUGACUCACACAGGAGAGAAACCAUUUAUCUGUGGAGAAUGUGGGAAAAGCUUCUAUCAGAAGGGGGACUUAAGUAGGCAUAUACGGACUCACACAGGAGAGAAAUUAUUUCUCUGUGGUGAUUGUGGGAAAAGCUUCAAUUUGAAAGGGAACCUUAGGAAGCAUAAACUGACUCACACAGGAGAGAAACCAUUUCUCUGUGAUGACUGUGGGAAAAGCUUCAGUCAGAAGGGGACCCUAAGGAAGCAUGAACUGACUCACACAGGAGAGAAACCAUUUAUCUGUGGAGACUGUGGGAAAAGCUUCAGUCAGAAGGGGACCCUAAGGAAGCAUAAACUGACUCACACAGGAGAGAAAUCUUUUAGCUGUGAUGACGUGGGAAAAGCUUCACUCAAAAGUCUAACGUGAAAAACGUCCUGAAAUGAAGAAAACAGAAUGAAAACUGAAAGAAGAACAAAAAUUAGGACAAAGAUCUAUUCAGUCACAAGAUGAGAAUAAAAAGGCAGGAUGUGGACAACACUGAGUACACGCUCAUAGACUCACAUCCGGUGGUUGGUGAAGGACGACACGAUGAUACCUCUCCUAGGGACCUGCUCUCCAUGCUUCAGGAUUAAAGUUCCUCUGUUUUCUGUUCUAUUGGUAACCUGCUGUUUCUCCACUCUGUUACGCUCUGGUCUACAUGGAGGGCCUAGCUACUUUACAUCUGUCUGGAGGGACAGAUAGAGGUCACAGAAUGAGGCUUCUAGUCUCAGCACUUUCCAAGGCUUUUUAGAGGAAAAUAUGAACUUUUCAGGUCAUGUCUCAAGCGCCUUCUCCUCUGACAAUGGCACUGCUAAUGAACUCAGUGAUGAUGCUUAUUUUCUCCCCACUAGAUGGCACUGUUUGAGAUAUGAUCCCAUCACACCAUCUCUGUUGUAUGUAAAACCUGUUAGGUCUGUGAAGAAUGAUUUCAAAUGACUAUGUGGGUAUAAUGUUAAAUGAAUCAACACUGUUAACCAUUACUAAACACAUUGAAACAGACACACUGUAUUAUAGCCAAACAGGACCAUGCUAAACUGAUCUGACCACAAGGGGAUGUCAUAGAAUAGAUGGUGUGUACUGUGGGGUCAAAGGUGACUGUAAAUCAGUAUUAGGUUCUUAACAUCUGAGUGGCAUACUACGAAGCAAGCUAAAUCAACUCAUGGUUUUCUAAAGCUAACCAGCUUCAGUUAGCUUCAAAUUCCAGCUCAGGCUUCAUCCGUACUAUGACAGUGGAUAUUGAUUGUCCGCCUGCCACUAACUCUAGCAGGCUUGUAGCUGCGCUUGCACGUCCCACAUGGUUAGUCGAACGCCAAACUCAACAAUGCUGAAAAAUCAACCCGUGUGCGAGUCAGUGCCACGUUUUCAUUUGUGAAGAAAUCUAAAUGAAAGAAAAUUGAUCUUUUCAAAUUCAUCAGACUAUGUUGUGAAAUAGGCUUUUAGAAGUGCUGUCUUUAUUUGAUUACUUAUCAUUAAUGCAGUCUUUGGUGUGCUUAUCGCUCCUUAUUCUGUGUGUGGAACAGCUUGUUGUGUUGUGGCCAUAGACAUAAUCCAUGGAAGGGUUUUGUGACCCCUGACCCUGUCAAUUUGACUGUUAAACUCAUGGGUACACUAGCAAUGGCUGGCAGUCUUGACUUGAAUAUGAACUACCAUCUAUGGAUUACAUGUCUAUGGUUGGUUGUGGCUGUCAGUUUGUCUUGCACAUUUCUAAAUAGAACAGUGUGAAAAACAUA